AUGGGGAAGCUCAUACGGCUUGAACUAUUCAAUUUCAAGUCCUACAAGGGCCACCACACGCUGCUCUUUGGCGACUCCUACUUCACCUCUAUCAUCGGCCCCAAUGGCUCUGGGAAGUCCAAUUCCAUGGAUGCGAUCUCAUUCGUUCUAGGAAUCAAAUCUUCACACCUACGUUCCUCGCACCUCAGAGAUCUCGUUUACCGCGGUCGAGUUUUGAAGACUUCGAAAAUCAACGAUGAUGGAUCCGCAGCAGCCCCAGGAACGGAGGGGCACGAAGGUGGCGAUGCGGAAGACCCAGAAGAGGAAUCACAAUCGCAGAGAGCUACACGAAAUGAUCCCAAGAGUGCAUGGGUUAUGGCGGUUUACGAGGAUGAUGCCGGAGAUGAACAGAGAUGGAAGCGUACGAUUACGAGCCAGGGCGUGAGCGAGUAUCGUAUUAAUGACCGUGUUGUGACGGCGGUGCAAUAUAAUGAGGCCUUGGAGGCUGAAAACAUCCUCAUCAAAGCCCGAAACUUCCUGGUUUUCCAAGGAGACGUGGAGGCAAUCGCCUCACAAUCACCAAAGGACCUUACUCGACUGAUUGAACAAAUCUCUGGAAGCUUGGAAUACAAGGCCGAAUAUGAGCGACUGCAAGAAGAGGCAGAACAAGCAGCUGAGAACCAGACUUAUAACCUUCACAGGCGUCGGGGCAUCAAUUCGGAGAUCAAGCAAUACCAAGAACAGAAGAAAGAAGCGGAGGCUUUCCAGGCCAAGGCUGAAGAGCGUGAUCAUGCCAUUGUCACCCACAUACUUUGGAAGUUGUACCACUUCCAGCGCGUCAUGGAAGAAUCUAGUGCCAGUAUUCAGGAACACCAAGAAAACCUAAAGGAAUACCGCCGAGGCGUUGAAAAGUACGAAAAGGCCCUGGAUGAAGCGCGUACAUCUCAGGCCAAGACUAUCAGGGAUGUUUCCAAGGUCGAGCGAAACGUCAAGAGAAAGGAGAAAGAAAUUGAAGAAAAGGAGAACAACUUAGUCCCGAUCGAAGAGAAGGUUGAUCAUACAACGAACGAGAUUGCAAAGAUCCGCAGAAGAGCUGAUGCUGUAAUCAAAGAGCGAGAUGAGCAAGCCGCUCGGGUUGAAGCAGAGAAAAAGCAACUGAGCAUUGUCGAGAAAGCCCAGAAACAGUUCGAAGUCCAAUGGCAGGAGACUCUGAAGAAGCAAGGCAGGCAACUCAGCGAGGCUGAUUUCAAAGAGUACAACUCUCUCAGAUCGCAAGUUGUCACGAGGACUUCUAGCAACCAGUCAAAGUUGGACAAUCUUGUGCGACAAAUGAAGACCGACGAAGUGACUGCCAGCAGCUUGAAAGGCAAAGUAGAAGCAUCACAAGCAUCUGUCGAGAAAUUAGAAGGAGAGGUCAACACCAUCAAUGAGCGAAGGGAGGCUAUCAAGGCUACCGUGAAGGAGAUCACCAAGGAGAUCGAUACCAAGAAGAAGGAAUAUAGCCAUAUCCAAUCCGAACGCAUUCGCAUAAAUCAAAAUCACACAGAAAUGGAGGAGAAAUUACAGGCCCUUUUGAAGACUCUUAUCGAGGCAGAUGACGGUCGCCGGCAGAACGAGAAGGAAAUGCGGACCAAGGAAAUGGUGACAUCCCUCAAGCGUUUAUUUCCGGGAGUUCGAGGCCGUGUUGGUGAACUUUGCAAGCCCAAGCAAAAGAAGUACGAUGAAGCUGUGAUCACAGCCCUCGGUCGCGACUUCGACUCCGUGAUUGUGGAUACCGAGAAAACAGGUACUGAAUGCGUUCAGUACUUGAAAGACCAACACUUCAGCCCGAUGACUUUCAUUCCUUUAGACAACAUCAAGGUCAAUGCCGUCAACUCCAACUUAAAAGGCCUUCCCGGGGCCCGCCUGACCAUUGAUACGAUAGACUUCGACUCCUCCCUCGAACGGGCAAUGUCUUAUGCUUGUGGAAGUUCGAUCGUGUGCGAUGAUCUUGCAACCGCCAAACACAUCUGCUACGACAGACAAAUUCAAGUCAAGGCUGUCACAUUGGAAGGUUUUGUCAUUCAUAAAGCUGGUCUGAUGACUGGUGGUCGCGGCGCGGAGAAUAGAGGAAGCAAGCGAAAAUUUGAGGAAAGCCACGAUAUCGAAAACAUCAAGGCUAAAAUUCAAGCAAUGCGUGAUAACAUUGAGGCCCUGCCCAAAGUUAAUCGCAAGAGCGCUCACGAGGAGCAAUUGCAGAACGACUUGAGUGGAUUGGAACAACGCUUGGCCUAUGCCAAGAGCGAGCUCGCUGGAUUCGAGCAGAACCUUGCUAGCAAGAAGAAAGAGUUGGCUCAUGAGAACCAGCUAUUAAAUGACAUGGAACCCAAGUAUCGGCAAAAACAGGCAGAACUCGAAAGCUUACAGGCCAAGGUGGCUGAAUUCAGGGACGCCGUCGCCAAAGUCGAGGACGAAGUAUUCUCCGACUUCUGUACGAGGCUGGGCUACUCUGACAUUCGGGCAUAUGAAGCGCAGCAGGGCAGCUUGGAACAAGAAGCCUCGGAGAAGAGAAACGCUUUUGAGCUGCAGAAGGGAACCUUGCAGAGUCAACUGAAAUGGGAGACAGCAACUCACAUGGAGACAGCGAGUCGAGUCCAGCGAUUGGAAGACCAAAUCGCGAGACUUGAGCAGGAUAUCCAAACAUAUACCGCUGAUAAGGUGUCUCUCGAAAAUGCGAUUGAUAUCGACAGAGCCCAUGUAACUCAAUUGGAAGAUGAACUUGCAAAGCUGAAGGAGAAGCUUGCCGCAAAGAAUGAGAAAGUGACGGCGGCCCGGAAUGAACUCCAGAAACACAGCAAGGAAAUCGAUGCCCGAACUAAAGCCAUCGCGGGCUUGGAGGCAGAGGUACAACGAAACAGCGCAGGCAGAUAUGCUCUGCUACGUCGCUGUAAACUUGAACAAAUUGCCAUCCCUCUGACUGAAUCGUCGGCAAAGCUCGAUAGUCUUCCUGUGGACGAAAACAUUCUUCAGACGGACCCCGACGCUAUGGAUGUCGAUGACGGCGAGGAACCUGAGGAGAUUAUGAAAGAUUAUGGUAUUGAAGUUGACUUUGACGAGCUCGACGACGAUCUCAAAGUUGUUGGUGAGGAAGGUGUCGAAGAGCAGCUUCAAGAAAAGAUAGAGACCCUUAACUCGGAGCUCGAGAAGCUCAACCCCAAUAUGCGUGCCAUUGAUCGGUUAGAUGCUGUCGAAGAACGGCUCAAGGCCACAGAAAAGGACUUUGAAGAGGCGCGCCGCGCCGCGAAGAAAGCAAAGGAUGAUUUCAUUGCUAUCAAGGAGAAGCGCUUCGAUCUAUUCAACAAGGCCUUCACUCAUAUCUCGGAGCAAAUUUCUCACGUGUACAAGGACCUCACGCGCUCGGCGACCUUCCCUCUCGGUGGUCAAGCAUAUCUGGACAUCGAGGAUAGCGAUGCGCCUUACCUCUCGGGCAUCAAGUACCAUGCCAUGCCACCGCUCAAGCGAUUCCGUGACAUGGAGCAUCUUUCGGGAGGCGAGAAGACCAUGGCAGCACUCGCUCUCCUCUUCGCCGUGCACUCGUAUCAACCGAGCCCCUUCUUCGUCCUCGACGAGGUCGAUGCGGCACUCGACAACGCCAACGUGGAGAAGAUCAAGAACUACAUCCGCGAGCACGCAGGCCCGGGGAUGCAGUUCAUCGUCAUUAGUCUGAAAACGGGUCUGUUCCAGGGGAGUGAGAGUCUGGUGGGCGUGUUUAGGGACCAGGAGGCUAAUAGUUCGAAGACGUUGACGUUGGAUUUGCGCAAAUACGUAUGA